UAAAAAUUGUAUAAUAUACUAUAAUUAUUUAUUAAAAUUUUAUCUUUUUUAUUCAAUUUUAUAAAUUAUAGUUUUAUAAGAUUUCUAAUACAAAAUUUAAAAAAUGAAAUAUUCUUAUAAAAUGAAAAAAAACGAAAAAUUUCUAAAUCUAGUCACUUUAACCUCUCGAUGUUAGUUAUACACGUUGAUCUCUGUCGGUUUUUGUAUUUUUGUAUCUCUAGUUUUAUAAACAGUAUAAAAGAUUUUAUAUUAUAUUAAACAUAAAAACAAAUUAAUUAUACCAUGCUGUAUUUGUUUAAAAAUAUUAAUUAUUUAAAAAUAAAAAAUUAUUGUAUUUAAAAAUAUCUAUUUAUGUCAAUUACUUAUUAGGAUAUUAAAUAAUAUAUAUAUAUAUAUAUAUAAUAUCUGUGUUUAUAAUAAUAAUUAUUUAUAUUAUUUUUUUUUUUCAUAAAAAAAUAAGUUAACGAGUUUUAAAUAAAUUUUAAAAAAUUUGAUACAAAUUUUAAACUAUAUACUAUGAUUAAUUAAGUUUAAUAUUAUUAAAUAUAAAUAUAAAAUGAAUUUACGAGAACCAAAGAAAAAACGUCGUGUAAAAUUAAAAGAACAAUUACCAUUUCCACUUAUAUUAUCAGGUGAUAAAAAUGAAUGGACAACAUAUACUGCUCAUCUUACAGAUUUAGGAUCAUGUAUAAUAGAUCCAAAAGAAAUUGUUGCAGUACAUUCUAUGGGUUUUUUUGGAAAAGGAUCUUUAUCACGUGGUUUUCCUUCAUUUGGUAAAACACGAUAUGGAGCACCUCCAGUUGUAAGAAAUAGACAAUGGCUUCGUAGACAAGAAUGGUUAAAACAAUUUAAUGAACUUAGCAUAGAAGCUAAUAGUAAAAAUAUAAAUUUAGAAGAAAACAAAUGUGAAUUUUCUCAUUCUAAAAACAUCAGUCAAGAUGAUGAUGAAUUUUUAGAUAGUCCAACAAAAGAAAGUACACCAGAUAUAAUUGAAAUAGAUACAAAUUCUGCUUCUUUAGAUGAAAAAUAUAAAAAAAAUCAACAAACUAAUAAAACUAAUAAAAAGAUAGAAAAAAAUCAUAUAAAUUUAAAUUCCAUAAAAAGAGAUGAUACAUUAAUUAUUAAAGAAAAUAAACAAUACACUGAUAAUAAUAAAAAAAAAUCUAUUGAAAAUGAAGAAAAAGAAUAUUCUACAGAUUUUAAUAUAAAAGAAGAUGAUUUAUAUUUUACUGAUAAUACAGAUAUUGAAAACAAGUUACUUGUCUUACCAGAUAGUGAUACAGAAACUGAAAAUUACUUAAAAGAAAUAAAACCUAAAAUUGAAUCUGAAAGUUUUCCAAUUCAAGAAACACUUCAUCUUACAUUUGAGGAAACAUUUUUUCUUUUGUAUGGUUUAGGUUGUUUGAAUUUAAUAGAUUUUGAUGGUAAUUUGUUAGAUAUUGAUAGUGCUUGGCAUUUUUUCUGUAAAACUGAUAAAAAUUUUAUUCCAAAAUACGUUGUAUAUCAUUAUUUUCGAAGCAAAGGAUGGGUAGUAAAACCUGGUCUUAAAUAUGGUGGAGAUUUUUUAUUAUAUAAACAAGGACCACCAUUUUAUCAUGCAUCUUACAUUGUAAUAAUAGAUAUUUUAGAUGGUGAUGCAUUAGUCACAGAUCAAAAUAAAUGUAUGCGCAAACUAACAUGGAAUAGUUUAUUAGGAUUAGAAAGAUUAUCAGAAACUGCUGCCAAGGAAAUUUUAUUUGCACAAGUUUUAUGGCCAUCUUCAGUUUUACAUACAUCUAAUUUAAAUGUGGAUACACUUUCUGAAUUUUCUGUAAGAGAGUUAUUAUGGAGAAGAUGGAAUCCUAAACAUAAUAAAGAUGUAGAAGAGGAAGAUGAUGAUUCAUGUUAAUUUAGUAUUUAUCAUAAUUGUAAAUAAAUAUAUAUAAGUUCAAAA